CGUGAUUUUUCGAAGAGAAGCGGCACGUACGGGUCGCGCAGCCGUGCUGCCCGACACCGAACACUUCGUUCGCUCGCGAGGCCGAGGCCCCAGUGUGUUUUUACUCGGGGUUGAGUAAACUCCGGCCUGUUGUGUAUCAUAAUACGCGUGCACGCGGGUUUACGGGUUAGCCUUGCAUCGACCACUGGAUGCACCCUUGUCUUGCACCACGCCGCGCCGCCUGUCUCUUCCUCGAUCGACGGAGACCAACUUCCCAACAGACUACAGAGAUAUUCCGAAGCGUCAACAAAACACCAUUUAAACGGUCUAACGAGUAAACGAACGCCGCCGUCUCCGUCUACCGCCGACGGAAUUGAUAAUUCGCCGACGAUCUAUCGAACCGAGUGGCUACCAUGCCGAUUCGAAAGUUUCAGUGAGUGACUGUAUCGACUUGGCCAGAAAUAUCUAGUGAAAUUCCCUAUAUCAUCGUAUAUCGAUUCUGCCAUCCAAUUGUUUAGUGACUAAGUGUAAAUAACUAAAUGUGACUGAUCGAAAUCAGUGAGUGAAUGUAAAAAUCAAAGUUCACUGCCGUCUUUCGAGGAUAUAUAGGAUACUUAACUUAACUUAAAUAAAAAUGUCGUUACGUUAAAACUAUUCUGCAAAUAUAUAGAGCCAGUGAUCUAGAUAUAUUAUAUAGAUUCACGUAUCACAGGGUCAGGCGUUACUGUAUCCUUUCCAAAAUCACCCCCUCGUGUUUAAAGUAAAGCCAAGAUCAGGUGCAAUUGUAAAGAUGCAUACGCUGUUCAGCGAGCAGAAUGCAUAUUACAGGCAUGCAACGGCGGUUCCUGUUGGGAUGGGGACUCCGUCGUAUCCAGGAGUGGGUGCCGCACCAGGAUACUACGAACAAUACCGGUACGGCGGUUACGCGACGGCGGCAGGUUACCCAGUCUCGGGUAUAACCCAGCAACACAUUCACCAUCCCGGUAAGGAUAUGGUAAAACCUCCGUAUUCUUACAUAGCUUUGAUCGCGAUGGCGAUCCAAAACGCUCCCGACAAGAAAAUCACGUUAAACGGGAUUUAUCAGUUUAUCAUGGAGCGUUUUCCUUAUUACCGCGAGAACAAGCAAGGCUGGCAGAAUUCCAUCAGGCAUAACCUCAGCCUAAACGAGUGCUUUGUGAAGGUACCGAGGGAUGACAAGAAGCCCGGAAAAGGAAGUUACUGGUCGCUGGAUCCGGAUAGCUACAAUAUGUUCGAUAACGGUUCUUAUCUAAGGCGUCGGCGGCGCUUUAAAAAGAAAGAUGCUCUGAAAGAGAAAGAAGAAGCUUUAAAGAGACAAGGCUUGGUUCCCGAGAAGCAACGUAAUCAGGACGAGACGAAACCUAGCAACAUCGUAAUAGCGCCACCGUCGGAUGCAUCUACGAAGAAAUUGGGCACCCUGGAGACGACUUUGUGUAAACCGAAAAGGGAGCCGGUAAACGACGCUGGUAGUCAUUGUAUGGCUGUACAAGCGAAAUACGGUCUUCACAGUCCUAUCCAAGACACAAAGACAGCGGUUACGACGACGUCAGCCGUCGCGGUAGCUGGCCAAAGCGUCAUCCAAACUGCUCUGGGUCAUCAAGUGCAUCAAGCUCAUCAGGUUCAUCAAGACAGCAUUCAAGAUGUGUCUAUGGGAUUAGAUCCUACUAGUUUUAGCGUGGAUGCACUGAUGACGACGAGAGAGAACAGCGCAGCUCUAAUGACAAGGGAUAAUCCACAUCAUACGCAUCAUCCUCACGGUCUUCAACAUCCUCACCCUCACGCACACUCGAUUAUGACGAGCAGGGAGUCGAUGGGUUCGGGGGUGGUCUCCAGGGACCACCUGCCCUCCGUUUGCGCGACUACAACUACGACGACGGCCGCCGUCGCGGCAAUGAUGGCAACCACUGGAUACGGUCACAACAGCACCGUGUCUAGGAGCAACGGCUCGCCGCCUGGAACCAUGUACGCGCCUUAUUGCACGCCCACGGCUGGUUACAUAAUGGAUCAUGCGGAAUACAAUUCGAGAAACCAUAAUAACAGCGCGGGACACUCGCAAUGGUACCAGGAGGCGGCCAGCCCCGACGCCGCCGCCAUUUAUCAGGAUACCCAAUCGCCGAGCUGUCAGCUUUACAGAUCCAGCCCACCAACUCCACUCUCAUCGAGCGCAGCUCCGUCUCCACCCUUGUACCACAGAUACUACCAAGACUGCAAUACUGUCAACACUAGCGGAAAUCUACCCAUCACGUUGCACAAGUACUGAGAAUACCGAAAUUCAAGGCCUCAUCACCGAGGCCUUGAAGAACAUCACACCGAGCACUACGACCCGAGCUUGGUUUAUGUGAAACAAGAGUGGAUCCCGUGCACGGAAGAGCUCGCCAAAGAGUGGAAUUAGAUAAGUCUAGAAAUCCAUGAUAAAACGGUGUGAAAGUAAUAUCAAUUUGAAUCUCAAUUUGCCGAAACUAUACGAACUAAACGAUACGAAAAUAGCUGUAGAUAUUUCAUCGUUCAUGUACUUGAUAAUAGUACAGUGAAUGUAUAACGUAGCACUUUAUAGGUGCAGUAAAAAAGGAUUUUAACGAAUAGGUGAGAAUUGAAAGACUCAUGACAAAAACGAUCCUUGUUCACCUUUAUCCCUAGCAUCUUUUAUUUAUUUCAAUCUCUUUAAUGAAAUAUUCUUCGUAUUAAACAACUGAAUGGACUGCCACAAUACUUCAUUUUCAUACUUAAUUUGUGUAAUCUAAGAAAAAGCAAUUUGAGAUUAAUCAAAAUCAAAUCACUUUCUGGAAUGUGCUAUAUAUUCAUAGUCAGCUAAUAUUCGGGUUAAUACACUUUUAAAUACGAAAACUGCAUUUCUUUCUCAUCAAAACAAAAAAAAAAAAAAAAUACAUUUUAGGUAUUGGCGCUGUCUUUUAAUUACUAUAAAUAUAUUUAUAUUUAUAUUGUAGAAGAAUUAUAUUUAAUGAAAUCAUAAAAUUUUAUAUCUCUUGAUAAAGAUUGUUUUUCUUAUGAGUCUGUCGAUUAUUACCGAUUCUUAUCGAGGAAAAUGCUUGCAGUGAAUUGUGCGAAUAAUUCAACGCAACAGCAUUCACUAAUUUCUACUUCGAUUAGAGAUAUGUUGUUGGAGUGGAACUACAUAUAGUUCGAGGUAUUUUAUACUCUAUCGAAUCUUAUUCCGGUUCUAUAUAUAUAUAUCGAUCGAGAAAUAACGAACGAAGGAAAUGAAUCGUUGUAUACCAACUAAAGUUAUACAUACUUGACAUUUUCAAGACAUUAUCGCGAUCAGAGUGAACACGUGUCCUUCUUCGGGACGUAAAAAGUUUAGUACACAUGUACUACUUGAUCUAAGGAGAUAGCAGAUUGACAUAUAGCUUCAAAAUGGCCGCAGCUGGCAGCAGUAAUUUUUUUUUUUUCAUUUCUUUGUUUGUAUUGAGUAAAAAGCAGAAAAUUCGAUGACCGAGAAUUUGAUAAUAAAUAAUAUUAUUUUGUAAUGCAUUUUUUAGCUUUCGUCUCCAAAGUUUCUCUUUUCACAUAAAUUAUCGUUUAAAUCAAAUGUCAGAAUGUUUCAUUUCAUGCUUUGAACUUGUUGUAGAGCAGUUUAAUAACGAAAGCAAAUUCUGCUCCUAUCUAACAUUUCAAAAAACUCGGAAAAGUUGGUUUUAUUUUUUAUAAUCUCUGUUUUUCUUUAUUCAAUUACAAAUAUUUAAUAAUUGUUUCGUAACAAUCUAUAUAACUUUACUUAAAAUGCAGAAAUUGUAGCUUUAAUUUACUUAAAGUGCAAGAAUUAAAGCAAUGGACACGGAAGACUUUAAAUAUUCCAAUAAAGUUUAAAAAAUCGGAAAAUAUUAGAGAGGACAUUUUAACUACGUAAACAUAUAAGGAGGGCAGUAUUAUACAGAUUGAGGUUUCGGGAUGAUACUUUCGAUCUCUAAAUACUUACGUGAUCAGUUUUAUUGCAUGCUGGAUCAUUCAUUAAUGAAUCGGAAGAGCGAAUGACGCGAGAUGUGGCGUGAAAACAGAUGUGAAUAUCAGUGAUGAUCGUCGUCACCUGAGCAAACAAAGGCAGAUCUCUUUACUGAUCUACGGUAAUUUUGGCCGAUUCAAAAUUCCUUCUCGCGAUGAUCUUGUUUGCAUCAAGAUACGAACGAUUCUGCACACAUUGCAACUGUACAAACCUGCAGCGAAUUAAUGAGACAGAAAAAAAUAUUUCAGGCAGUGCACGUGUCCCUGUCGGAAUUAUCCAUUUCCGAUAAAAACACGAGAUCAAUAUUCAAGAUACUUAGAAACAGAUUUUUAGACUAUAAAAUAGAAGAAUUGAUAAAGAAGUGGAUAAUUAUUAAUGCAAUUUAAUACACCAGAUGGUUUUAGCACUACGAUGUCAAUAUAAUUUUUAAACUGAUAAAUUUUAUUUUAGUAAUCAUUUUCGAUAGUUUUUAAAAUCAAUUUCAUUAAUAAUAUUCGCAAUAUGUUGGAAUAUUAUUUAUAUAUUUAUUGAUCUUCUUUAUAUAGCUCUUAAUCUUGGACGCCAUAUUGAAAAUGAGAAUAUACCGUAAUGAUGUUUACAAUCGAGGAUUAAUGGAAUAUUAUUAUACCUGAUACAGAAUAGUCACUGUAGCAAAGUCGUUUUCUCAAUUGGGUUAAGAAUUGAUGGAUGAAGAAAGUUACAUCGAUAAUUCGCAUCAAACGUUCUUGUGACCAUAAUGGAUACAGUUGAUGGGAGUGAUAUAGUGAGGUUAUAAAAUUUUCAACGUUUAUGUACAUAUUUUGAAAGCAAUUCUGUAUAGUAAUUUGAGACACGCAAAGGGAGAUAAGACGCCACGAGCCUCGUCCAGGAUGAUAAUGUUAAAUAAAUGACAGUAAUAUUUUAUUACACAAUCUUUGGUAAGACGCUUAAAUUAUACAUAGAGAGAUAUAAAAAAAGAUUGCAUAAGGUUUUAGAACUAAAUCAUUUGUUAUUUUUCACAAUUUUAAAUACUGAUUUACAAAUAAUUCUUCCAGUUUGAGAUUUAAACUAUUUCCAUAAAAACGACAUCAAUCGGUGUUUCAAUCUGAAAUCUGACAAUUUAUAAUUAUAAAUAGUGUUUACUUAUUAGCAAGUACAAAUAAUACUCUAUUAAUAAGAUACAAUUGUGCAAUAACAGGCAAAUAAAAGAAAUUGAAACAAAGAAAUCUAUAAGUACGUAUGUUAUUCUUAUGUACGUACAGUAAACAAAUAAAUAAACAAUAGUUAUUUCUCGUAUAUCUGUCUCGGACUUAAUGUUUUAAUUUAUAACCUCAAAAUAUCAGCCCCAGCCAAUUAUACAUUCAAUGAAAACGAUAAAAGUUCUUUCUGCUAGUUAAUUAAAUGGAACGAGACAAAGGUGAUAAAAAUUCGUAAAAAGUAAUACGAUCGUUUCCUGUAGUGCGUUUGUGUGUCUCGUCAUUUUGUGCAUUUAUUCGCGUAACAUUAUUCCUUGCAACCAAUGCGCGCGAUUUGGUUGCACGAAAUUGGUAGUUUGACGAGGAUUGAGAUAUAAUAUAUAUUUAUUGCAAAACGGAUCGUGUGAAUAAUUAAACGAUUGAAACGGAAAAAGUCGUAUCGUAGAUAGAUCUCUGCGUGUAUAUUAUUAAAAAGAGUAUAUAUAUAUAUAUAAUGUUAUAUAUAUAUAUAUAUAUAUUAGAUAUAUAGAUUGUAUAGAUAAAGCUAUAUAUGUAUAGACAGAUCUAUAUAUACAGAAAACGUAUUGAUAUUACGAAUUAGUAAUAAUAAUCGCAAACUUAUUAACGUAGGAUAAGUCGUGCGAAUACGAAAACCUUACGAAAUAAACGUAAUGAAACGUAACGAUAACACCUUGUGUUAUUUUUUGAGGUAUCUUUGCACGAAAUUCUCGAUUUAUCCAACUCUCCUUGCCCCACCAUCCGUCUCACGGUUCGGCGAUACCGACCGAUACAACACUUGUAAAACUAUUGUUCAAC